AUGGAGCUGGUGGAUUUUAGUGAACUUUACCAAGAAAAUGGCAUUGUUGAAAGACAGAAACAGCCAAUUGAAGCUUCACAUUGGGUUUUUGCCAUUGCUGUGAUACAUAUUUGUCAAGCAGUUUUCACUUUUCGUCCAUCUAGUUACCAAUGGAAGCAUAACGGUGAGACAGUAACCCCCGGCCCCGAUAUCACGGUCACCGCCGGUGAACUCACGGUACCGAGGGCAACUCAGACAGAUGUCGGCAACUACACUUGCUUGGCUUCCAAUGAGUUUGGCACGGCAGUCUCUAACCCCGCUCAAGUGCAGUUCAGUUAUUUAAGGAUCUUCCAAGAUGUUGCCCAGAGCCACACAGUCAAUGAAGGCAGCUCGCUAGUGCUGCCCUGCGAGGCGCCUUCGGGUCAUCCUACGCCAAUAAUCUCCUGGACCGAUGGAGAUGACCAGCCAAUCUUCGCUGACGGCUCUUCCUGGAAUACCGAUCGCAACUUGGUUCAAGGGGGCGAGGGUAACCUGGUCUUCCUGCGAGCUUUGUUGAGCAACAACGGCACCUAUAGGUGUACUGCUAGCGUAUCAGCUAGACCCGAGUAUAAAACAUUUUCUGCAAUACAGACGGUUUCCGUCAUAAGUGCAUCAGGAGAAAUCCCCGAGCAACUACCAAGGAUCCUAGAGGCCUCCCAAGUCGUCAAUGCAGUGCGUGGAGAUGACGUGAAGAUGCACUGUCUGGCAACUGGAAACCCAAUACCAACUGUCACUUGGACCAGACUACAGGACCAAUCCUUUAGCGGUACUGGCCCCAUUCUGAGUCUGCGCAAUGUGCAGCAGGAACAAGAGGAUGUCUACACGUGCACGGCCUCGUCAUCACGUGAUCAGGAUACAGCAACUACAUCCUUACACGUUGAAGUCGCGCCAUUUUGGAUCAUCGAGCCCAGUGAUACCACGAUCUACGAAGGCAAGAGCACCAGCAUGACAUGCGAGGCAGGUGGCGAGCCGGCCCCGGUCCUUACAUGGAUGCAGAACGGUGAACAUAUACCAGAAUAUGAUGGCAGAUCAUCAGUCCAGGUGAUGGAUCUGAAGGUUUACCAAUGCGUGGCAUCGAACACCCACGGAGAGAUUAUCACCAACGCCUUCUUGAACGUGACUGCAGCACUACUUCUGGCACCAUCUAAUGUAGUUGGUACACGUGAAGGCACCGAUAUGGAAGUCCAAUGGAGUUUACUCACCUCUGCAGAUGUCAUUGGAUAUAAGGUUCUGUACUGGCCCGAGGGAGGAUCAGAAAACGAUGCACCAGUCAAAACAGUGGACAAAAACACUGACCGCAUCACCAUCAACGACCUGAAGAAGGACACGACUUACUACGUCAGGGUCAAAGGUUAUAGUUCAAAGGGCGACGGGAUGGCCAGUCGUGAGCUGACAGUUGCAAAGCCAGAUCAAGGACAGAAUUUGCCUCGAGGCGUGGCAUCCACCAUCACACAAUCUGUUCUCCUUGUGCAUCUCACCCUCCUCGUUACCUUUCACCUGCUUUGAGAUGGUCCCGCCCAGUAUGGUCAGACCAAAGAUCUUCACAUCAAAAAUAAGUUGGAAUUUGUGGUCAUAACUGUCGUUUGUUCAAUAAUAGGGAUGCUCCUUCGCUUGCGCUCCAACACGAACCCGAAAAGCGUGUUUAGAAAUAAACUCCUGAUUGAUGAGUAUGAUGUCAUCAAAUGUUAGUCGAUUGCAUUGAGUAUAUCACAAUUAGCUUAACUUUAAUUGACGUAAUCAAGAAAAUUGGUAAAUUUGCAAAGAUAAUCAUAAUUCAGUAUGUAUGUAUUAAGGUUUUCCCACAAAGCAUGACUUUAUAAUGUCUUAGGUCUAUUGUCAGUUUAUCAAGC